AUGGCACCCACCUACCCCCUCCCGGCCUUCAUCUACAAGAUCGUCCCGACCCCUGUCCCAUCGCCCCUUCCAGAUACGCUGCCGCUUAGCGAGCUCGAUGCCGCAGACGGCUUCAUCCACCUCUCGACCGCCGAGCAGACCCCGGUGACCGCGUCUCUCUUCUUUGCUCAAUCCACGGAGCUUUGGCUGCUCAAGGUGGACACACGCAAGACCCUGGACGCAGGCGGCGUGUACGCCUGGGUCGAGGGCAUGCCCAGGUGCCCACACCUGUAUGCACCGACGGAGGGAGAGUGGUUGCACCUGGGCAGGGGGAACGUCGCGGGCGUGAAUGAGGUGAAACGAGGGGACGGGCAGACGUGGGCGGAGGCGUUCAAGCAGCUCGACCGCUGGUUGGCAGAUGAGUAG